AUCUCCUUUGACUCUUUGUCUUGCUCAUCUGCAGAAUUUGCGCAUUGCGGCCAGGGAGCCAGGCCGGGCAGCACGCAGACGUCCCCGACGCAUCCAUAUUAUCCGCUGCUGCACAUGAAGACCAGUCCGUAUACCAGUCCCAUUGCCACGCCCAAUCAAAUUAUCAAAUUCGAGCAUGCUGGAAUCAUGGAUGAUAAUGAGCAUGAGCUGCGCAUUGAUAGCGGCCGUGCCACGCCCACACAUUGUUCACUGCACGGUCCUGGGCAUGGUCAUGGGCGUCACGGCAACAAUGGCGACAACGAUGACAGCAAUAACAACAACAACGAGGAUGAUGAGGACGACGACGAUGAUAACGGCAAUAAGCCCUUUGAUCUGCGCAUAGGCAUUGCCAAAGUGCUGGUAGCUGCCGCCCAGGUGCACGGUGCCCUGCCGCUGGGCCACCAUCCGCAUCAUUCACAUCAGCAGCACCACCAACAGCAGCACACACGUCCGCUGGCCCAGCUAAUGCAGCAGUCCAGUCCCGACGAGCCGCUGCGCCGCUACAGCAGCAGCAGCAGCGUCGGCAUCGCGCCCACAACGCUGCCCAGCAACAGCAGCAGCAGCUUGGUAGCUGCUGCAGUCGCUGCUGUGGCAGCUAACAAUACAAGUGCCUCGACGAGCGGCGGUGCCUCGACAUCGGCUGCAGCUGCAGCGGCCGCAGCGGUGGCAGCAGGUCUCGUCACACCCAAUGCCACACUUGGCGCUGCUGGUCCGUCAGUUGGCGGCAGCUGGAGCAGCGCCGGUGGCAGCGGUGGUGCUGGUGGCAGCAGCGGUGGCGGCGGUGGUGGUGGUGGUGGUGGUGGUGCCUAUGCCUGCGAUCGUUGUGGCAACACAUACGCCCGUCCGCACAGCCUGAAUCGUCAUGUGCGUUUCGAGUGCGGCGUGGAGCCGCAAUUCGAGUGCCCCAUCUGCCACAAGAAGUCCAAGCAUAAACACAAUCUUGUGCUGCACAUGCGCACGCACCAACAUCGAUGAUACAAUCAACAACAAUUGCAAGGACGCCAGCAACUGGCAACUGCUGUUGCUGUUGCCUCCACUGUUGCUGCUGCUGCUGCUGCUGCUGCUGUUGUCACUAGUUAGUUAGCCAAGUUUCUGUGCAGCGCUUUCCGGAUUCAGUCCAGUUCAGUUCAGUCCAAAAACAACAAAUGAAAGAAGCAAAAACAGUGCGCGGUUUUUUUUCUUCAAAUGAUCUU